UAAACGGCGUCACAGCCGCGAUGUGUCAUUUCGACGGAUAAAUUACUGCUCGUCAAAGCCGUCCCGUCUCCUCCGCUGUUCCCGAGCCAGGAUGUCUGUGGACGCCCGUUAGUCUGUUGAUUCUCGUUUAUUUGCUCGCCCUCUUCAAAAUAUCACUCGCUUGGUUUCUAAUUAGGGCGAGGAUGUCAUUUCCACCGGGCAACAUGUCCCCCAUCGCGUCGGCUUUGGCGCUGCUCGCCGUCGUCCUCUGCACUUCUCAGGUCAGUGGGAACGAGGACUGUCUGUGGUACGUGGAUAAAAAUGGCACCUGGCACAACGGCUUCGACUGCCCUCUCAUCACGUUCUGCUGUGGGAACUGCCACCGGCGCUACUGCUGCCUGGACGCCUUCAAGAUGAUCACAGAGAGGGAGCAGAAGCGCUGCAUGCUCUUCCAGUUCAGCCCCACCACUUUAGCCGGCAUCGCCUCCUCCAUCCUCCUGUUUGUGGCGAUCAUUGCGACCAUGGUGUGCUGCUUCAUGUGCUCCUGCUGUUACCUCUACCAGAGACGGCAGCAGAGGGGCAGGACACCUUAUGAUGUCCAGCAGAUCCCCAUGGCCAGCUAUCCAGUGGAGCCCAUGUAUGACGCUUACGGGAAACCACUGGGGCCCUCUGAGUAUCCACACGCAGGUUAUCCAAUGGCGCCGCAGUACCCGGGCAUGCCCCCACAGUACCCGGUGAUGCAGCCUGGACCUUAUCCACCACACCUGAUGGACCCUGCAUACAGCCAGGCCCCUCCACCUUAUUCUCCACCUCAGUAUCCUGGUCAUUGAUGAGCUCAUCUUCACACGCACUCACACACACACACACACACACACACACACACACACACACGGAGCGGGAAACGACAAUAGCUGAGAGAAAAGACUGUUUCAAAACGAGAAGGCAGCAACACUCUCACACUCAAACACACACACACACACACACACUCAAAUAAACACUUCAGCUCGACUAGCAGUGGUUUGUCUGUGAAAGAGAACAGGAGGCACUUUAAGGGUUGUUUUUUUUCUUUGUUUAUUUCCAACGUUGUCCUACUUUUGUGGAGUAUUUACGUAAGUCCAAUUCUGUUCUGCAACCUGACGCCUCAUUGCUGUGAGCGGGUUUCGCAGAGGCCGUCACACCAUCCCCAAAGUGAGGAGGUAUCCGGCUGGCGUCUCGUCUCUGUGCUGCCACUUGUGCUCUGACGCACUCACCUCAAUGACAGACUGGCACCUAAAGAGAGCAGAAGAGGGGCCAAGAGGGAUUUAUAAAAAUAAUAAUGCACUCCUUCUUUAUUUAUUAAUGGGAGAAAUGCUUUACUUCCUCACUUUUGGUAAAUUUGAAUAAAUUGAUAACUGCCUACGGCCACAUUCCAGAUCACACACUCUCUAAAUAUGAUUCCAUGAUGUCUUCAUUUCUGUAUUUUUUGCAGAGGCUAAAGUGAAAACAAACUGCAUGUUUGGUAAAGAGGUGACGUGUGGCCGAAAGGCAAUGUAAUGCUGUCUUAAAUUUACAGUCAAAACAUUUUACAGAACUUGUAAUUCUGUGUGAGACGCCUUUCGUCACCCGUUAGUUUCAACUUUGUCUCUUCUUUUUUUGUAUCUAACUUGACUAAUUUACUUCAUGGUAGUACAUUACCUGCACCAUUCUAAUGUAACAUUUCGACAUCAGCAUGCUUCUCCAGUCUGUCCUCUCAUGUUUCUUUUCUGGUUUUAAAUGAAUUAGAAAUCUUUAGAUUAAUCCCAUAAUGCCAGUUAGGAUGUUUUCCAGUGAAAUUCAUGUUAAAUGUUUAUUUCUUGUAACAUAUCAGGUCAGGGGAGUUGCAGAUCAUGCUGCUUGGUUUAAAUAAAAAUGUCCCGCCUUACAAUAAUUAAC